AUGUGAGUCUGUUUUGAACGGAGAGCCGCAAUGACUGUCAGACAUUCGAGGCUCAGUGUCACUGCAAACAGUCUGGGCUUGACAAAAGCAUGAAUUCACUGCACUCGAGAGUCUCCUGCUGAACAACCGACAGCUUUCUGGAGGCAUGUGUAGUCCUCUGAGCAGCAAGCAACAGCCGGCGGGUCCGGGUCUCACAGAUCUGCAGCUCUACAGUCAGUGGCUGGCCAGCAGACAUGAGGCCAGUUUGCUGCCCAUGAAGGAGGACCUGGCGCUCUGGCUCUCCAGCAUGCUGGGUGUGGAGAUCUCAGCCGAGAGCUUCAUGGAGCGGCUGGAUAAUGGUUUUCUGUUGUGUCGGCUAGCAGAGACUCUUCAGGAGAAGUUCAGGGAAAACAGCUCAGACGUCACUUCGCCAGGAAAGUCGAUCCCCUGUCGCAGGAUUCCCUGUCGAGCCAGCGCUGCAUCUGGCACCUUCUUCGCGCGGGACAACACCGCUAACUUUCUGUCGUGGUGUCGAGAGGUGGGCGUUGGAGAAACCUGUCUGUUUGAGUCCGACGGUCUCGUUUUACACAAACAGCAAAGAGAGGUUUGUCUGUGCCUGCUGGAGCUGGGAAGAAUAGCAGCCAGGUAUAAGGUAGAGCCACCGGGACUCAUAAAGCUGGAGAAAGAGAUCGAACAGGAAGAAGAGAAGUUACCCGAACCUCCGCUCUCACCUGUGACUCCUGCAUCCUAUUCUCAAUCUCCACCCGUCUCUCCGUCCAUCUCUCCAUCCAACUCUCCAUUCAACAAGAGCAACUCCAGCAAGAAAAGCACAGGCAAGCUCCUGGAUGAGGCUGUGAAGCACAUUUCUGAAGAUCCUCCCUGUAAGUGUCCCAAUAAGUUCUGCAUAGAGCGACAGUCACAGGGACGAUAUCGCGUCGGAGAGAAAAUGCUUUUCAUCAGAAUGCUGCAUAACAAACACGUGAUGGUGCGUGUUGGUGGAGGCUGGGAGACGUUCGAGAGCUACCUGCUGAAGCAUGACCCGUGCCGCAUGCUCCAGAUCUCAAGAGUGGAAGGCAAGAUCUCGCCAAUCUCCGGCAAAUCUCCCAAUAUUAAAGACCUGGCGCCCGACAGCUACCUGGUGGUGGCGGCCCACUACAAAAGCAAGAAGUAAAGAUGAAAUGGUGACUUAAGUCAGCACCGCUGUAGGUGCCGCAAACUAUCCCACAGGCUUCUAGAACUAAUUAUUGUUUAAAAGAGAAAAUCAUAAGACCACAAUGUGUGUAGAUCGGCUAGUUUGACAAUAAUGUAUUUCAAUGAAACUGGAACUGGAAUCCAGAAGUAAGGAUGUUUGAUUUGUAUAAUAUUUGUAUUUGUUUCCAUGUCUCUUAUUUAGCCUUAUACAUUCAAUCUUAACUUCGCUGGAAGAAUUCGAGUAUUUCACUUGUACCCUGGUGGCUAUUCCUAUUAGUGUUAUACUAACAAUAUCAAUGAUCAGUUUUUAUUCUG